GUGUACAAUGGCACCAGCAUUCACCUAGCCAGCUCUUCACUUCCCCACCAACUGAUCCAUUUUCAAAAACGCCUAUCCAUCUCCGAAAACCCUGCACUUUUUUUCUUAACCGCUCCAUUUGAAUGUUUCAUUUAUUAAAUGCUCAUAAAAACUCAUAAAAACAGCUCCUUCCUAUAUAUAUAACCCAUUUCUUCAUCCCUACAUUCGAAUUGAAUCAAUGGGGAAAGCAGAAAAUGAAACAGAAAAAUCCAAGUUAAUUACACAAAUCUGCAGCAUAUUGGCCCGUGCCAAUGCGUGUGCUCACCGGCAUCACCGGUGUGCGAUUCAAUCGCCGUUUAUCGACUGGUACCUUGUCCUUGGAGUGCCAGAGAAUGCUGGGGUAGAUGCCAUUAGGAAACAAUAUCACAAACUUGCUUUGCAGCUUCAUCCUGAUAAGAAUAAGCACCCAAAGGCUGAAUCUGCAUUCAAACUUGUGUCUGAGGCCUAUUUUUGCCUAUCAGACAAUACAAGAAAAGCAGCAUUUGAUUCAGAGAGGAAAAAUAGUUUCUGCAGUGAGUGUUCUCGUCCUCCUGGCAGAAGAAAUGUUGAUGUUGAAGGAAUAUUUUAUCCGGGACGGAAAAAAUUUAACGGUAUUACACAGCGAAUGAAAAAUCUUCGAACCAGGCUAGAAGAGGAAGCAACAAUCAUUGAAAAGUGUUUGAAAGCCAAUGCUGCAUUAAAGGGCGAAUUCCCUGUUUUUGGUGCAAAAACUGAAUCUCCAAUUUUUAAUCCAUCAGAUUAUCAGUUUCAGAGCUAUCCUCAUCAGAGUUCCAGCAACUAUACGAAACCGGAAAGUUUCAAAUUCUUUAUGACACGAAACAGAUGCAUUCACACGGCUGUUAAGAGCGAUUCCCCGAUCUUUCAAUGUAGAUCAGAAGAAAAGGAACCCUGUAAAUCUCGAUAUGCUUGUAUCAGAUCUAAAUGAACAAUAUAGUGUUCUUGGAAAAUCUUCUUAUUACCGACUUUUGCUCUUACCUCAUUUCUAAUUAUACCUCUGUCAUGUUUGGUAUGUUAGACUCAACUAUAAAAAAGAGGAUUAAAGA